GUGCCUGCUGUUCGUAAGUGAGCAACCACUCAUGCGCACACAUGUAGUCGUCCACUAGAAAAAAAAUGUCAUUCGAUAACAAUGUAGCAUCAUCUUUCAAACGCCUCCGACGCGCACCAUUCAUGUAAUCCGACUUGCAGCAAUCUUCUCAUCCCACGGAGCCGCUCGCACUUUUUACGUGAACAUGUCGAAGAAGACAUUCACCAAAAGGUCUCUGGUCAAAUUGUUUUCCAGGAGUGAACCCAACCUGGACGAGUCGUCGGGGAAGGGUGUGGGGAAAAAAACGGACGAGAAAAAGAGGUUGAAGUUGCCAAAGUUGAAGAUAAGAUCGAAGGGAAGCUCCUCGUCCGAGAAGCAGAAGGUGGUCAGUCAUGCUGAAGCCAGUCACAAUCUGGUGGAUGGACCUGGCUGGGCUGAUAACAUGUUGGACAAGUCAAGCUCUUCUAUAUACGCCACCGCACCCAGGUCAAAGGCCCAAAAAUUGAGUCACUCUGAGACAGACCUCCAGAAGACCAACAAAUUUGCUACAUUUUCCUUUGGUCUGCUUAAAAAGAAGAAAAAGAAGAAGGAAGACAAUCUGUCAAGAAGCACAUUUGGUCUCCAUAGAUCUGACAUUGAAGAGCAGGAGGAGAAACAUGGAGGCUUCAGAAAGAUUGUGGAUGACCAGGACAGCAGAAAUGCAAAACUCAGCAUGUCUCAGCCAGCGCUCGUCACCAGUGAUAACUUUGACAUCCCUUCCCCUCCCUCUAUACAUUCAAAACUGUUGCAGUCAUACUUCGCACUCUCACAACAAACCCCUGUCAACCAUAGCACCAAACCGGGACCUCAGGAACAUCUAACAAGUGGCUCAGACCUUCUUUUGCACCAUGCAGUUCAGAACUCACCAAGUGCAAGCAUUCCUGAUUUGCAGCAAUACGAUACAGUUCAAUCAGAGGAGAAAGAAAGCAUUCCUAUGGGUAAAAACCAAUCCAAAAGCAAUCCCACAUCAAUCCAUACAUCUGUGUGGAUGACUUCUGCUUCUUCCGCUGCAGAGACCGCCUCUCAGCCAAGCCAGCUCCCUUUGCUGGUGGAUGCUUCAGAUCAACUUUCAGAUGAAGCAGUUGAUCGGAACUUAGCCGUGACAUGCAUUAAGGGUCCUGAUGAUCUCCAGCCGUCUAACACCGAUGGCGACAUCUUGAUCAGAGAGCCCACCAAUUUGCUGCUGUCCCAUCAUGAAAUCAAUGUCUUAGACACACUUGAUAGUCGAUCUCUAAAUGGUGAACCCUCCUUAACUUAUGAUGACGCUAAUGCUACGUUGCUUCCCGAGCCAGUUCCCAACACAGAACAAGAGAUUGAAUUUCUUCACACUGAACAAUCCCUACCUGAAACUGCAGAGUAUGUUCCCCCAACUUUGUCUAUUAGCAAUCAACAGAUAGAGCCUCCUGUCAAUCAAGAUGUAAUUUAUGGUGCUUUGUAUGAGUCGUUAUUUCCCCAGAGUUUCACCUCUGAAAUUCUGUCUUCACGUCCAACAAGUUGUGCUGACGUUUCCCCUGAAACAAGAAACCAAAAAAACAAAUCAGAACCUUUCAUAGUUUCAUAUUUUCAGAAUGAAACAGAUAUUUACUCCAGUCAAAUAACUUCAGGUUUCACUAUUAGAAAUGAUUCUUUCAGUACUCAUAGUGACCUGCCCUCCCACCAGAGGUUUUACUCUGACAAUAGUCCUCCUGCUUCUGAGGCGCAAAUAAAUUCUGAGAUUCCCGACAGCUAUCUACCUUCCUCUUCUCAUUCCUCUACCUAUUCUUAUUCUGAACAACCUGUCGAGAGUGCUUAUUCGAUCCACAUUAAUAGAGGCAACAGCCCCGGUCUUUAUGAACAGACACUCUCUUCAGUCCCUGUGGCUUCAAAUUCUGCCCCUGCUGUUUCGGACUAUGUAACAUCCCUAGGGGUGGACACUCAGGUUACAGACUCCAAACAGAGGGUGAUCCUAGUAAAAGAGGUUAUUGCUGAAGAGAAAAACAUUGAUUCUGGACAUUACUCUUCUAACCUGCAUACAAUGACUACAGACAUACACCUGAAGCCUAAAAUGGAUGCAGCAGAUAAAGAGUUUGUUUGUUCUCCUCCUCCCGGACUCACACAGCCUUUUUCCAUGCCAUGCAGUCCAGUGCAUCUGAGCCUAGGAUCAGAUGAUGGGAGCACUGCGGACAUCUAUUUCAGCGCAGAGGAGGACAACAUGGAUAGUUUGGAUGAGCAGACACGCAUUAUGGACAAGAUAGAAGAAGAAAGUUUGGUGUGUCCCUCCGAGGUCACUAACUUCCAGAUGUUUUCGCCGGAAAAAGAGACAAUCAAUAAAAUAGAACAUUUUGAGCUUGUUAAUACGGAGAUUGAAGAAAGCAAAACAGCCAACAAGGAAAUGGAAAACCAUAUUGAUCUCCAAGAUCAUAUAGAACAAUUAUUAAGAAGUCGGAGAGAAGAAUUCCAUGAGGUGGUAACUGGCAGAACAGAGUUUCUUAAAGAUGAAGAUGGAAGUAUUGAGCAGAUAGAUUGUGUCAGCAAGGGACUGCCACAGGUAAAAGAGGAGUUUCUGGUCACACCGGUUCUGCAAGUGAAAACACCACUGGUAUGCGAGUUUGCUGCACCCUCCACUUGCAGGCAGGGGGAGGGGCCUGAUGAAACCUGGAUUAAUGUCAAUGAAACAGCAGGGCACCUAAAUGAAGAGAAUCAGCUCUUAAAUCAUGGAUUAUAUAAUCUGCAAAACGGCGAUGUGCAAGGUCCCAAACUGUUGCUUCCAAACUCCACAACACUGGAAGAUGAAGACCUGAGCACACAUGAAGUUAGAGAGGAGGAGGAGAAAAUUUUCCCGAUUACAGACGCAACAGCUGAAGAGAGCCCGGAACAUGCAUAUACAAAAAUCUUAACUACAAAAUGUGCCAGCACAGAGAGCUCUGGUGUAACCGAUGUGGUCACGUGCCUCGUAAAGGACGGCGCUGAGCUGCAAUCAAAUUCCACAAUAAUUGAACACCAUUGGCUUCCACAGCAGACUGAGUGGGUGGAUACAAUUACUCAGAGCGCAGGAAACGGCACACAGCGUGAGCAGGUGGCAGAUGAGCUGCCAGACCUCCAAGCAGACAGACACCAUCCUCGUAACGACGCCACAGAGGAACUCUCUUGGAAACAGGAGCAGUUGCUAGAAGUCCAUGAUCCUCUCAAACAGUGGUCUCCAACAGCAGCUUCUGAAGCUUUUAAUGCAAACCAUCCCAAGAUAGACGCUGACCAAGUCUCAGAUGUCAAAAUGAAUUCAGGCUUUAGCAGCCUGAGCACCACCCUCUCCAUGAAAAAUUCACCUCCAAAUAAACUGGAUGAAUCAAGAUACCGAUUCCGUAAAGUAUCCCUGGUGCAUCCGACUGACAGUGCGACCAAACAGGACACUGUGGAUUUCAGCGGGAUGGAGUCAAAUGGAACGACUCUUGGCACAGAAUAUAGCUGGACAAAUUCAUUCGAUGGUGCAUCUAGAUUUGUGCCAAAAGAGGAGCCGAUAUUUUCUGAUAGUCAGAGUUACAGACUGUUUGACACGUCCACUAGCACCUACUCCACCUCUUUUCUCCCCGAGGCCACCUCAUACAGCUAUAACACCACAAGCGAGCUGGGAAGAUCGCCAACAGACGACACGGACACAUCCUGUUUCACUGGCGUAUUCAAGGCCACGCUCGUGGAGCUCGACGACCCAGCGGCUCCCGCUUCCUCGCCCCCGGCCUCCCCUGACCUAGACGGCAACCAAUUCGAGAUGGACAACCUGAAGGAUACCCUGAAGAACAUGGGGCCCUCUUUAAGGCCGAGAAGCCUAGGUGUACGCGGGCUGCCCCCGGCUCCCGUCUCCGCCUUGCCCCCUAUUGUUGAAGACGCCCCCAGCUCCAUCACAUCUGGCGUCAUGAGUCCUACAAGUAGGAUGGAGGCGAGCACUGCUGAGACUCAAAAUGGAGUUUACACACUACCUGCUGAUCUGGGCCUGAAGAGAAACAUCGUCAGAGACACCCGCUCGCCCAUGGAGUUAAUGAAGAAGCAGGAACAGCCUGGAGCAAGAGACAUGCCCCUGAGGGCAUCUGCGACCAACAGGAUUCUCAUGAGGAAAUCCUCUGAUUCUUCAGAGGAGCACAAAUCGCUCAAUGGAAACGGAGCACAGCAGUCACCCACAAACUCCCGUCUGGAAAACAGUGUCAUCUUUGGAAGUUACAGGGGCUCCUCCUUGGAUCAAACGCAGGAAAACAGCAAGUUACAUCGCUCGGUGUUCCGCACCGGUUCGCUACCAGAUUUCGGCUCUUCCAAUAUUCUAAAGGAGCACAGCGAAGUCACCACCACGACAGACUCAUCAUCUCGCUUUGAACGUUUAUCUUUUCUCUUGAACUCUUCGCCCUCCUCGUCAAGCUUCUCAACAGGAUCUGAUGACCUCAGUACUCGCAAGAGUCUUCCCCCCCUGCAAAGCAUCACCUCGUCGGCCUCCAGUAGCAGCCCCUCUCGCCUUCUCAGCCCCACCGGUUCUUUGGAGAAUCACCGUCUGUUCCCUACCACAGAGUCCUCCUACUCGAAGUUUGGCCAGACAGUGAGCCAGGGGAUUGGCACAAGUACACUUAGUACCCCUGUUCUGCAGAGGAGCUUCAGUCAUGAUGCAAUUUCACCAGGAGGCCAACAGAAUUUGCUGAUCAACAACAACCUGCUCAAAGGGUCUCAAGUCCAUAAAACUGAACCAGAGAGGAAUGUAAAAUACAGAGCCUUUCCUGAUGCAUACCUCACGAAAGAGAAGGAACAUGGAAAGCUCAACCCUCGCCCCGGAAAGAUGUACAUUUUUGACCGGCCCGGGAUGUGCGGCCAGCGGAUCGAGCUCCGCAGUGACGUAGUUGACGCCACGUCUUGGGAGCUGCAGGAGACUAUCUCCAUCCGGGUGGUCAGAGGAGGAUGGGUGCUCUAUGAGAAGCGCAACUUUAAAGGAGAGAAGAUUGCCCUUGAUGAGGGAGAUAUCGAGCUCACCUGCCCUUUUCAGCAAACAGAGGAGGAGGGGGAGCACCAGGUUAACGGACAGAAAGUCACCGAAGAGCAGAAAGACGAACAGAAUGAAGAAACAAAUGAGGAACAAAGCAAAACCAAACCAGCCAGGAGGUUCAUCAUUGGUUCUGUUCGAAGAGCAGUGAGGGACUACAGUGUCCCUGAAAUCAGUCUCUUCCCAGAGGAGAAUGCUGAGGGCAAGAAGGUCAUCUUCAGAGAUACAUCAGAUGACGCUAGAAUUUUUGGAUUCCCCAUCAAGGCUAACUCCAUCAUCAUUAAAGCUGGGCUGUGGCUCGUAUUUGAAAAGCCGUUCUUCGAGGGCAUACCACGCGUGUUGGAGGUUGGGGGAUAUUCAAAUCCAGAAUCCUGGACUGCAGAACAGCCAUAUGUGGGAUCGCUGCAUCCACUCAAAGUAGGGGAACCAAGAGUGGAAAAUAUAAGUGAACCAAAGAUUGAGAUUUACGAAAGGUCGUACUUCAGUGGCAAAUCGAGGAUCAUCACCACGAACAUGAAAGAUUUCAUGACCAGAAUCGACAGGCAGCAGGGGGCAUUCAUGUACAGCGUGGGCUCCCUCAAAGUGCACGGAGGAAUCUGGGUGGGCUAUGAGAAGGAGGGCUUUCGAGGGCACCAGUACCUGCUGGAGGAGGGCGAAUACCACGACUGGAGAGUUUGGGGAGGCUCAAACUCCGAGCUACGCUCCGUUAGGGUCCUACAAGCUGACUUGAGCGAACCCUUAAUGGUGAUGUUCGAGCAGCCAGAGGAGGAGGAGGAAGGUGCUCCCGCCCAAGAAGAGAACACCUUCGAGGUGACUGAAGCCAUUCCGGAUGUUGAGCUGUUUGACUACAAGACUCACACCCGCUCCAUCCAAGUAUUCAGUGGCGUGUGGGUGGCGUACUCCCACGUGGACUUUUCUGGUAACCAGUACAUCUUGGAGAAAGGCUUCUAUAGUAACUGUGCCGACUGGGGUUCCCGUGACACUCGGAUUUGUUCUGUGCAGCCGGUUCGUUUGGCUCCGACUGAUGGUAACAGGACUAGGAAUGAGAUACUGUUGUACUCGGAGCCAGAAUACAAGGGAAUGUGCCUUAUUUUCAACUAUAAGCAGGAUGCUGUAACUGAAGAAUUCCAGAUCAAGUCUUGCAGGAUUGUUGGACGAAGCUGGGUUCUCUAUGAGAAUAAGGACUUCACAGGGACCAUGUAUGUCUUAUCAGAAGGAGGCUAUAGCUCAUUAAUAAGCAUGGGCUGCACGCCGAGCACCUUCAUCCGCUCCGUCAAGGCUGUGCCAAUGAGCUUCUCGGUUCCCUCCAUCUCUUUGUUUGGACAGGAAGGUCUCGAGGGAAGAGAGAUCACAACAGACUCUGAGCUUGUCAGCAUGGUGGCGGAGGGGUUCAAUGACCACAUUCUCUCAAUCAGAGUCAACAGUGGCUUCUGGGUGCUGUGUGAAUUCAGCCACUAUAGGGGGCGCCAGUUCCUUUUAGAACCGAUCGAAAUUACUAACUGGCCCAAAUUCAGCUCUGUGCAGACUGUUGGCUCCAUGUACCCAGUCCGACAGAAGCGCCACUUUUUCCGUAUCCGUAAUGCAGACAGCCAGCACUACAUGUCCAUCCAGGGUGGGGUGGAGGAAAUGAAAUCUGGACGGGUGGUGGUCACACCAGAGGUGGAGCCCUUGAGUGACAUAUGGUUCUAUCAGGAUGGAUUCAUAAAAAACAAGCUUUCCCCGACCAUGAGCCUUCAAGUAAUGGGCACUAUUGAGCCGGCAGCCAAGUUGGUGUUAUGGAGCGAGACCCGGCAGCCUUCACAGACUUGGAUGGCCCAGAUGAGAGGACGACUCAGCAGCAUUACUUUUCCCGGAAUGGUCAUUGAUGUCAAAGGUGGCCAAAGCUAUGACAAGGAGCAUGUGGUGAUUAUGCCGGAAAGUGACGAGAGGUUAAGCCAACAGUGGGAGAUUGUACUGAUUAAUUAAACCAUCACAGAGAUCUUGCUCACUUUGGCAAAGUUUCUGAUGACAUGAUCAGGAUAUUAGCCCAAAUUCUGAGGACCAGAAAUAGUCCUGUGCAUAACUGCCUUAUUAGAUUAAUCUAUAACUCAUUGUAUUAAUCAUAAAGGCAAUAUAUAAGGUUACAAUCCUCCUCCAAAAACAUUUUAUAUUUAUGUUAUGUAUUAUACAGAGUAUAGGAAGCUUUAUUCCUGCAUAUUUUCUGGAGGUAAAACUCUGACCCACUUUUUUAUGCUUGCAAGUUCACAAUCGCACACUCCAUUUUUAAAAUUUAUUUUUAAUAUAUACACAACUACUGCUUAAAAUGGACAGUUCCUGAAUAAAGCCAAAGAAUGUACGCUAUGCAAAUAUAUUUUUAAGAUAUUUUUAUAAUGCAUUGAAUGUUUACGGUGUCCCUCUUCUCUAUGCAGUACAUUGUAUGUCAGCGUGUGGGUUCCGAAUAUCUGUUUCAUGAAUCUUUUGUGAAAUUGCGACAAAAGAAAUUUAUAUAGAGAGAGUAAGAAAGAAGUAACUGAUAUCUGCGUGAAUUGUAAGUUGUUCUUUGUUACUAAAGUCAUAAUAUAUUAAAGAGGGUGUGGUUUUAAAAUACUAAUAAAACAAA